AUGUUCAAGACGGCAGCGGCAAAAAUUGCCCAUAAUUCUACGAUUCCGGCGCUUGCGGGUAAUAGCGACCUUAGACAGUUUCAGGAUCUCAUUAACGCGGAGAAGGUUGUUCUGGUCUCAACUCAGAGACUAGGCGUUGAUAUAACCAAAGCCGCGGAGUCCCUCAGGGCGUGGGGGGUUGGUGAAGGUGAUGAUCUCGCUGAUAUCCUCAGUGCAUCUGCUACCCUGCUUGUUAACUUUGCUGCGGCACUGAGUGCGUACGCUAGCACACAUCAUGGAAUCCGCGACACCAUGAAGUCUGUACGGACGCGCGAGGAAGCACUCGACGACCUACGGCGCCGACGACGGCGUGUUGGAGCCUCUGCAGACGCUGCCGAAAAGAAGCUCAACAAGAUGAGCCCCGAACACAAAAAUCUCUCAGCACAGACUGACGCUCUCAAUCGACUGCGUGAAGAGAUGCGUGCAAUCGAUGGUGAGAUUAUUCGCGAGGAAUCUGAGUUGGGCGAUUACAAGAGAAAAUGUGCAAAGAGUUGGAUGCAGGCCAAGUUUGGAGGUCUUGCAGAGUGCUGUGAGAAAGGUGUGAUUGUUGGUGACAUAGGCAAAGCUAUCGUUGCAGAAAUUACCGAAGACGUGUCACAACCAGGACUUCCUCGAGCAUAUUAUAGUGCUCAUCCACGUGUCAGUGCCUUUGUAUCUGAGGCACAGCGUGGUAUAGCGCAAGUAGCCUUUACGACUGUUGCGUCUGGUCGCGUCAGCCAAGGAGAGUAUGAGCAUACAUCGCCGACUCAGACCUCGUCGCAUAUGCAAGAACGACAGUCAUUAUCGUUGAGUUCUCCCUAUUUACCUGUUCCGCGGGUGGGAAGCGGGCUCCACUUGAGCAGCUUUGGGAGCGAAUCUCUGGUGGGACUUAACGAGCUCAGCCCGCGUCAAAAUAUCUUAUCAUUCCGACAUUCACAGCCUCCACCUCCACCUCCAAACCCGCGAACAGCAUCUGCGGACGAAUUUGGCGUCCCCACACCAACCUCGACACAUGCCAGUCAUUUUGCUUCUUUUCCUGCGAGGGGCACAAGCUUAGGCGUCCUGUCACAUGACGGACCAACUCCCUCAAGCCCUUCCCUCUCUUACUUGCGGCAAGCAGAUACAAUGGCUCCCUCAGCCCUUCCCGCGCAUGAUACCUCUGGUUCUUUGACUAACUCUAUCGCCGACGCCCUUGCUCGCAGCGAUUCCAACUCGUUCAGCCUAAAUCGUGCCUCACUUGAUGAUCCUGCGCCAAAGUACGAGCCGUUCGUGCCCGGAUCAGGUGCUCCAUACACUGGUGUUGGAGACACGCGCAGAAGCAAGAGUCCAAGUUUGCCACCAGGAGCUGCUCCUGCUGCAAUUCAGGCUUGGGACGGAGGUCUGGGUGCUGAAAUUGAGGAACGACGUACAGUGAGCGAAAGCAACGACAACGCGAUGAGCGUCAUGAGUGGGAAUGAACAGCCGCCGAGCAUUACUGGUCUGAGCGACAGACGGACAUCCCAGGAGUCGGUGGGUGGUAUGCCGUAUGACCAUGAUGAGGAGGCCGAAGAUGACCAAUCGAAUGAAAUUGUACUGCAAAAGAUGGAUCAAAGAGUGAGGCUUGGGACGGAGGAGGAUGAAACAGAAGAAGAAAGUAGCAGGCCUUCGCCCGAGACGACGGAAAGUCAGAGACGUAUCCCGCGCGUGCCUCCGCCCCCCGUAGAUACUGAGGCACCAACUCCACCAGAUCAUACUAGGAUUGUGUCCCCGCCUUCGCUGCAGUCUACUUCCCCUAUACAGACUCAGGCGACAGGUCAUUCAGAAGACAGCGAUGGAGACGACGAACAGGCACGCAACGCAGCAGCUGCACGCGAGGUCUCUCGUGAAUUGGAUGCGCUAGCAUUCAGCGCACCUGCACCAGUGACGUAUUCCACUCAUCCUACUCAAUCCCGAGCCCCACCGCAAGGUUCUUAUAUGUCAGGGCAGACUUACUCGCCUCAACCACACCAACAACUACAAAUUCAUACUCCUCAGCAAGUGCCCAAUCAGACCUCUCGGCCGCCCUCACCUCUUGCGCCACCUAAUGCACCGUUCGCUCACCGUUCCGUUUCGCCUCAUCCUCAUAUCGGUGCUGACCCAGGCGAAUCACGUCCUUUACCGAUCAUAACUGCUUCGAAGAGGAGUUCGUCUCGUUCCACAUCGCCUCGACUCCCACCAUCUUCUCUGUCCAAUAUGCAAUCAUCUGCUUCCGUCUCCCACAGGUUACCACCUGAACAUCCCCGUCCACUACCGCCGUUCUCGUCUCCCCUCAUGACGAAGUCCACGUCUUCACUGACAUCGGGUGCCCCCGGUGGUGCACCACGAAUGAUCUCAGCUGCUGCGUUCCGCAGGCCCGGUCGCAAUGGAAGCGAGUCUGGGUCAUCAUUAAGUCCGACAGGGUACGGCGGGCCGGCAGAUACCUCACCUCUAUCUCUCCGCCCUUCUGCAUCGCCUGCAUCUUCGAUGUCACGGAAGUCCGGGGCAAUGCGAAGGUUGUCUGUAGUCAAUCCAGACCCAAUCCAAGUUGAUGAAGACGAGUUCGAUUACAUAUCGGCAUACACGGGAAGAGACGAGCCGAGGAGUGCGCCGGCCCGGCAGAGUGUGGGAUAUGGACAGGGGAGGUAUGUUAGUGACCUUGAAUCUCGAUGA